AAUAAAAUUUAAAAAUUCCCAAAAAACCAUAAUAGAUCUCUCUGAUAACUUUAAAUAACGUGACACCAGUUGCAAGAAGAAAGCGUCAAUAUUACCGCUUCCUCAGUCUGUCUGUCCGACUGCAUAUUUGAUAUUUCUCUUUCUCAGUUUCUGAGUUUCUCUCUCUUCAAAUCAACGCCUUACUAUCCCAAUAAUAAUGGGUUUACCUUCUCAACGGCCGUCAAUGGCGACUGCACUAAAAUGGUUAGGAUUUGUAACGGCCGUUUGGGUGCAAGCUAUUUCAGGCAACAACUACACUUUUUCCAACUAUUCAGAUGCUCUAAAGACCCUCAUGAACUUAACCCAAGUACAAUUAAACAAUCUUUCUGUUGCUAAAGAUGUCGGUAAAGCUUUUGGCCUUCUUGCUGGGCUUGCUUCUGAUACUUUUCCUACUUGGCUUCUUCUUCUUAUUGGGUCUGUUGAAGGUCUUCUUGGUUAUGGAGCACAAUGGCUUGUUGUUAGUAAAACCGUUUCUCCUCUUCCUUAUUGGGCCAUGUGUAUAUUUAUGUGUAUGGGAGGGAACAGUACAACAUGGAUGAACACAGCUAUCUUGGUUACAUGUAUCAGAAACUUCAGGAAAAACAGGGGACCUGUUUCUGGGAUUCUCAAGGGUUAUGUGGGUUUAAGCACGGCUAUAUUUACUGAUGUUUGCACUGCCCUCUUUUCUGAUAGUCCUGCUAAUUUCCUUAUGAUGCUUAUGGUUAUUCCUUUCGUCGUCUGUCUAACCGCGAUGAUCUUCCUCCGGGAGGUCCCUUCAUCGGCCACUGACUCCGACAUAACAGAAGAAUCUAAGUACUUCAAUAUGUUUAAUAUAGUGGCUGUUACUGUUGCAGUUUAUCUCUUAGCCCAUGAUUUCAUUGGAUCGCUAGGGGAUGUUUUCGAUGUAACCUUUGCGGUUGUGCUGGUAGCAUUGCUUGCUUUCCCGUUGGUGAUACCGGGUUAUAUAGCAUUUAAACUCUGGGUGGAUUCGAAAGCUAAGGAGGAUAUUGAGGAACAGAAUACGGAGCCUCUAUUGGCUCCGGAAGCUGUGUCCGAUACACAGCCAAAUGAUGAAGUGGAUGUUGUGGGUGUGGAGGUAAAUGAGGAGGUUGAGAAAUCACAGCCUGUUCUUGGUGAAGAGCACACUAUCAUUGAGGCGUUGAAGACGGUUGAUUUUUGGGUUUUGUUUGUGUCUUUCUUGUGUGGUGUUGGACCUGGUAUGGCUGUAAUGAACAACAUGGGACAAAUGGGUUCUUCUCUUGGCUAUUCUGAUGUUUCCAUCUUUGUGUCACUACUUAGCAUUAUGGGAUUCUUUGGUAGGAUUAUCUCCGGGACAGUUUCCGAGUACUCUAUCAAGAAAGCUGGAACCCCUAGACCUCUCUUCAAUGCAGCAUCGCAAAUCUUAUUAGCUGUUGGAUUUGUGAUCAUGGCAAUAGCAGUCCCAGGGAGCCUAUACAUCGGGGCAGUUGUAGUUGGUUUAUGCUAUGGUGUUCGCCUUGCAAUCACUGUCCCAACUGCCUCAGAACUAUUUGGCCUCAAAUAUUAUGGUCUCAUAUACAACAUCCUUAUCCUGAACUUACCACUAGGCUCAUUCCUUUUCUCGGGUCUUCUUGCUGGUCUGAUCUAUGAUGCGGAAGCUACCAUUACUCCUAGUGGUGGUAAUGAGUGCUAUGGGGCUCAUUGCUAUAGACUUUGCUUCUUGAUCAUGGGUGGUGCUUGCCUUAUUGGGUGUGCUUUAGAUGUCUUGAUGGCUACCAGAACCAAGGACCUUUACAGGAAGAUCGCUGCAAGCAAAAGAUCGAAAUCUGUGGUUAAUGGAAAAUGAGCGAUCUCUACGUGUUGUAUUUAUGCAAUUGAUGGAAAUGGAGCAACGCAUGAUUCCGAUUCUUCUCAUGUGAGCGUUAUCCAUUUCCAAUUUUUUGACAGUACGGGGAUUGGGGGUGUAUGUUUUGUGUAUAUGUAAAAAAAUAAAUACAAUUUACUUCCCAAAGUGCCAUUUCGACAGUGUUGUACGACAUGAUGUUAGCAAAGACCGGGAAAGGAUGGGGGUGGAGAAUGCUGUAUGAGUGUAUGAUUGAUUCUUUGUAUUGUAAGUCUCUAACCAUCUUAUCUCCUAACCCCUCUACAAAAGCAAAAAUGAAAGUAAACGAAAGAGAUGUGGUGAUAUUCUGUUAUUGUUCCACCUUUUUUUGGAUAUUCUGUUAUGUCCUAGUUGAAUAUGAGGUAUUCUUUGUCCUAUAAUACCAAUUGAGUCAUUAUAGCAGUUCAGUUGAUCCCCUCAAGUCUUUUUAGCCAGUUCCCAUGAAUUUCCUUUUUCUUUUAGCAACAAAAUUGUUGGUCUUGUUUGGCAAUUAGCGGAUAGUUGUUAGUUGUUAGUUGAUUGUAUUAGUUGAUAGAAGAUAGUUGAUUGUAUUAGUUGUUUAUAUAAAUGUGCUUGGUAAGUAGUUGAUAGUUGAUUGUUACAUAAUUAUGUAAAAUGACCAAUAAAGACAUGUGCUUAAUAUAUUGUUGUACCUUUUAUUAUUUAUUAA